AGAAUUUGUCAUUCCCUAUAAAAGCAACUUUUGGCAUUUUAACUUUCAUGCAAUAUUGAACCCAAAACAGCAAAUGCCAACGCAAUCAUAGAUAAAAGAAGUAAUACCAAACUUCAGUAUUCUUCUGAUCUGCUUGGGAAAGAGAAGCAGCAAUUAUCAGUUAACAUCUUGAAAUGGAAAAAAAUGGCACAGUUAAGCCAACCAGCUGCAACGAUGGCCACUAUACCUCACCACCAAAAUUCAUAUCAGCACCAACACUAGGCUACCACCUAGCUCGCCGACUAGUCGAAGUUGGUGUAUCUGAUAUAUUUUCAGUUCCAGGCGACACCACUCUGACCCUUUUUGAUUACUUCAUUGCUGAGCCAGGGCUUAACCUGAUCGGAUGCUGUAAUGAGCUAAAUGCAGGGUAUGCUGCUGAUGGAUAUGCCAGGGCAAGAGGUGUGGGUGCAUGUGCUGUUACCUUCACUGUUGGUGGCCUUAGCAUUCUUAAUGCUAUUGCCGGUGCUUAUAGCGAACAUCUUCCCGUCAUUUGUAUCGUCGGUGGUCCAAAUUCUAAUGAUUAUGGUUCUAAAAGAAUUCUUCAUCACACCAUUGGCUUGCCGGAUUUUAGCCAAGAGCUUCAAUGCUUCCAGGCUGUCACUUGCCAUCAGGCUAUCAUCAAUGACUUGGACAAUGCCCAAGAGCAGAUUGAUAAAGCAAUUACAAUAUGUUUACAAGAAAGCAAGCCUGUUUAUAUUAGCAUCAGCUGUAACUUGGUGGCUAUCCCUCAUCCCAGUUUCAUUCACAAGCCUAUUCCACUCGUCUUCACUACUAAAAUAAGUAAUCAGAUGGUCCUGGAAGUAGCAGUGGAAGCAGCGGCAGAAAUCUUAAACAAGGCUGUUAAACCAGUUCUAGUGGCUGGACCAAAACUCCGAGCUGCUAAAGCUUGCAAUGCCUUCGUUCAGUUGGCAAAAUCUUGUGGUUAUGCAUUUGCAGUCAUGCCAGCAGCAAAAGGCCUUGUGCCAGAGAAUCAUCCUCAUCAUUUUAUUGGGACAUAUUGGGGCGCAGCAAGCACUGUCUUUUGUGCAGAAAUAGUAGAAACUGCUGAUGCAUCUCUGCUUGCAGGACCAAUUUUCGACGACUUGAGCUCUCUUGGUUACUCACUCCUCUUCAACAAGAAGAAGGCUAUUAUUGCAGAACCUGAUCGCAUAAUAAUUCCUGAAAUGCCUGUAUUAGGAACCAUAGUACUAAAGGAUUUCCUAAAAAGACUGGCCAAACGGCUUGAUCAUAACAAAACGUCGUAUCAGAAUUACAAGCGGAUAUAUGUUGCUGAAGAAGUUCUUCCAAAAUUGGACCCCAAAGAAGCCUUGAAGGUUAAUGUUAUGUUCAAACACAUACAGAAGAUGUUGAUAGGUGACAUGGUUGUGGUUGCCGAGGUAGGCGACUCCUGGUUUCAUUGCCAGAAACUGAAAUUGCCACAGGGCUGUGGGUAUGAAAGUCAAAUACUAUAUGCAUCAAUUGGUUGGUCAGUAGGGGCAACUCUUGGAUAUGCACAAGCUAAACCAGAUAAGAGGGUGAUUGCUUUUAUUGGAGAUGGAAGCUUCCAGAUGAGCCCUCAAGACGUGUCAACAAUGCUACGGUGUGGACAUAAAAGCAUAAUUUUCUUGAUAAACAAUGGCGGGUACACAAUAGAAACUGAGAUCCACGACGGACCCUAUAACGUCAUCAAUAACUGGAACUAUACUGAGUUGGUUAAUGCCAUGGAUAACGGGUUUGGGAGGUGUUGGACUGCUAAGGUUGGAUGCGAGGAGGAACUGAUUGGAGCAAUGGAGACAGCAAUGGUGGAUAAGAAGGAGUGCUUGUGUUUCAUAGAAGUGAUUGUUCAUAGAGAUGAUACCAGCAAAGAGUUACUUCAACUUGUGUGCAGGCUUGCUUCUGCUAAUAGUCGCCCUCCCUACUUGCAAAUGUCUUAUGGCAAUUAAGAAUGGGAUACUUCAUGCCGAUAUUAGAAGCAUUUAUACUUGACUACGCUCGUACACAUCGCAUCAUUGGAUUUUAUAUGCCAAAAGAGUUUCAGUGCUUUCGAGCCAUAACUUGUCAUCCAGUAGAUUAAUUUUCAUUGCAUUAAGAGUAUGAUAUUAAAUGUUUUAGAAAA